AUCGCUGCGCAUACAAAAGUUAUUCAAGUUUAUACUCAUCAUUGCGGUGUAACCUUUAACUAUAAUAAUAGUAAAAGAAAUGAUAUUUUAAUCGAGAAAUAUGCCAUAAAGAACAAUACGCAACAAUUAUUUUUAAUGCGCACACGUAAUUUACAGUCUAUGGUGUAUGGUCAUUGAAUAUGAGUCUCAAUCUAUUUUAGACUGAGAAAAUCCAGUUCAGACAGUGAAAAUGAUACUGCAACCAGUGAAUAUAAUUUUAUAAAAAGUUCUGUUGACUACUGUUUGGACAAAUGGGAUUACAGCUAUAUUAAGAUAAUAUAAUGAUGUUGGAUAUAUAUAAUACCGACAUACUUUGUAAUAUUGGUAGUCUCUUAAUUUUCAUCACAUAAGAAUUUUACUUUGCACAUUGCACUAGAUUAAUUUUACAGCUGUUUUAAUGUGUUUAAAUUGUAUUUUGUAAAUAAAAGAAUUACGUGGUAUGUAAACAUAUUACGUAUGUUUAAAUUCGUCAUUACAGAUACUGUUGAUAAACACAAAACCUGCAGUCCGACAAAGGGUGAUCCGCCUGGAGUUUUUGAAGUAAAGGAAGGGGAUUGGUAUACUUUUCAACUUAAAAUUGUGGACUGCACAUUUUCGAACAAUUGGUCGGAAACAAAAUGCGGUGAGAAGAUGUGUAUUAAAAUAGUUGUUAAGGGAGCACCAGAUGCUGUACGUGAAGCCAAAACAUCCGAAAAUGAAACGUUCGAGUUUCUUUUAGAAGAUAAUGAAGGAAACGAAAUGGAAAUAUCUUUGAUGAAAGGCAGUGUAAAAAAGGGAAGUGUUAUCUCCUCAACCAAGACAUGUAAGAUCAAGCUAAGUUUAAAGGAAUUGCGUCGAUUGAGGAGGGAAGAAAUCAUAUCCCUCCACAAGGAUGCCACAAUUCGAGUAGUAUUGUCGGCGGAACCCGA